AUGGAUGGCCCGCUAAAACAAUUAGUACAGCAGUACUUGAUGACAGGAGCUGGUGAAAAAUCGGUCACGAUCCUUACCAGCAAGGUUGCACAGAAAAGUUACGGAACCGAGAAAAGAUUCCUUUGCCCACCACCAACAACGAUACUCAAAGGGGCGCAUUGGUGGACCUCAUCUGCGGAAGCCGGUGGCGCAUCAUCGCAUAAAAAUUAUUAUUCAUCAUCUCGAAUGGUGAGCGGUCCUAAACUGACGAUCCAGAUUUCCGGCGAAUCGAUUCACCAUGGUGGUAAUAUUGAAUGGUACACAGCCUCAGGUGCCAUUGUGGACAAUUCAUCUCCGCUUAUUUCAUCUGGCGAAGGCGAUGGGAUCUCGGGUAAAUGUGUCUCCAAGCAUUUGCACAUCAAUGAUGCCGAUGAGAAGCGGAAGCGCGUCGAGGUCUUGGUCAACGUGCAGCUGGGGGAUGGGUCGUAUCUCGGGAUUUUGCCAAGCAGAGGCAUCAAGGUGAUCAGCAAACCAAGUAAAAAAAGGCAAAGCGUGAAAAAUAUGGAAUUAUGCAUACAUCACGGCACGACGAUUUCCUUGUUCAAUCGCAUUCGGUCACAAACCGUUUCGACAAAAUAUCUGGGUGUUUCCAGUAAUGGACAGCAGCACCCGUCGGCCAUCAAAGCGGGAAACAAUACCUGUUUCGUGGCUCGUACAGGAUCCUGGGAUCCGUUUAUCAUUUGGGUUGUCGAUCCGACACGUAAUCCAGAAACCUCUUCCCCUCCACCUCCACAGUUUUCAAACGCGCCAUUCCCUCCUCCUGCCAUUGCUCUUCAAACCAACCCGCAGCAACAGCCGCUCCCCGUUCACUAUAACCAGCCGGUUGUCCUGCAAUGUGUUACUACGGGUUUGGUGAGCCCGGUGAUGAUUAUCCGAAAAGUCGAUCGUGGCAGCCUUGUCCUGGGAGGGAACCAGGUCAACGAUUUAUCGUGUGUGACAGGUGGCGAAUACGGCGACGAAGCGAUAGGAGACCCUGUAUCACAAUUGCACAAAGUGGCCUUCCAAAUAGUACAGGAUGCGUCGGUGGGCGCCAAUCAUCAGCAUGCGCAGUACGAAAACGCAACAUCGGCAGGCACAGCCGAACCGCAUUUACCAAAGACAUCCAAACCGAGUGCGUACCUUGCGUGCUUGAAUGACGUAGUGGGCAUGCAUAAAGUGCUAGGAGGUCGUACAAUGAACGGACGCGUUGCCGACCUUCAGCGGACCAGUGACGACUUGGCCAGCAACGCUCCGGACACUUUAUCCGGCCCUAACAAAGGAUCGUUACAGCGUCGUAGAACCAGUUCACAAUCAGACAUUAAGCCUUCGAAGCGCCGAGGAAGUUUAAUGGAAGGCCGUCGCGGAAGCAUAGCUAGUGGAUGUCCUCCAAGUGGCCAUGACGGUGCAUGCUGGACAGAAGACGUAUCGGAUGCGGCUACGUGGACUAUUGUUGGAACCGAUUCGGCACAGUACACAUUUUGGACACCAACACCUCAUGAUUCUGCGCAUGGUCUUAUGUCAUUCUCCGGAGACGAUGCGUCUCCUUCCUACCCUAUUUUCCCUUUCCCUGUGGUGGAGUCGACUGCUGGCGGCGACAAUUCUUUAUUACUGACAGGCGAACAUUUGACACGGGAUCUGUCGGUAUGGUUUGGCGAUGUGAGGGCACCCCGCACCGAGCACAAGUCCACCCAAUCCAUCCGUUGCAUUGUACCAGAUACAGAAACAUUAAUGUCAAGCCCUAUCACACUCUUUGAUCCCAUUAGCGGCUGCAGAAAAUUGCCGAUCCUUUUAGUACGAGGAGAUGGCGUUGUAUAUAAUACCGAAUUAUUCCACAUAAUUCAGGGCUGUAUGACAGUUUGA